AUGGUGUCAAGUGGAUUAUCAACUUUUGUUUCUUCGUCUUCGUUGAUUUCUAUCAAUUGCUAUGUUUUUCUAGUGAUUUUGAAUUCACUAACUGCCAAUGCAGUUCCUAUUCCGGCUGAUUUAUCAGGCAGUCUAGAUGAUUCAAGCAGUAAUGAUAAUAAAGCAGAUGAUAAAGAGGAUAAAGAGGAUACGAAAAUGACAGCAAUUGAGUCAGCUGACUCAACCGACUCAGCUGAUAACAAGAACAAAGACAGCGCUACAGUCACAAUCACAAAAAAGGAAGAAAUUGAAUCUGAAGCCGAGGAUAAGACUCAAAACAAGGAGAAUACUGUUUCUGAUGCUCCCUCGACCACUGUUUGGUGGACUCCAACUCAAACAGUAUGGUGGACCCCUGAGUCAUUAUUGACUGCCUCCAAAUCUGAUGCAUCAAGUGAUAAAAAAGGUUUAUACACUACUACAAUUCAGGCAGUUGAAUUAAUAACUUCAAAGGACACAACUAUAACGUCUAAAUAUGAAACUGUGAUGACAAUUGACGAUAAUGAAGAUGAUAGUACAUCUGAAAGAGAGACUGAUAGUGAUAAUGAUAGUGAAUCUGAAUCAAAGUCAGAGUCUAAGAGCAAAAGCAACUCAACUUCAUCUACUAGUGAAUCUUCAGGAUCGUCAAAUGGAUACAGUGGUUUCUUGGUUCAAAAAAACAAUAGUAUCAACUUCCGAACCAAUUUAUUGGUUACGUUUUUAAUUUCUGUUAUUUUCUUGUUUGGUUCCAUUUAG